AUGGAAGAAAAGGAAGGUAUCAAGGAUUCUUCUCUCCUUGAGAAGAGUAAUGUUCCGGAAUCAAUUAAUGAGGAUAUUUCAAAGACGACGGAUGUGGAUCUAAAUUCCGAUGGGAAAAAGGAUAAUGACACUUCUGCCAAGGAUGGUACACCUAAGGUUGAAGAAAAGGUGAACAAGUCCUCAGGAAUUGAUGAGGACGAAGUGGUGACACCCGCUGAGGAUGCAAAAGAAGAAGAGGAGGAGCAUCCCCCCUUACCUGCCAGAAGGAAGUCUGAGGAGGAGCCAUCUAAAGAGAAUCCAAUAUUGCAAGAAUUGAAGGAUGCUUUUCCCAAUUUGGAAGAAAAAUACAUUAAAGCGGUGAUCAUUGCGUCCCAGGGUGUUUUGAGCCCAGCUUUCAAUGCCUUACUAUUCCUAUCAGAUCCCGAAUCUGGUAAAGAUAUCGAGUUACCAACACAACCUGUAAGAAAGAACCCAGAGGCGCCGGCAAGAAGACGACAAACUCAAUUAGAACAAGACGAAUUAUUGGCACGGCAAUUAGAUGAGCAAUUCAACAGCUCACAUUCCCGUCGUCGUAAUCGUGAUCGCGCAACUAGAAGCAUGCAUGAACAGCGCAGAAGACGUCAUAAUCCGAACGAAAGGGAGCAACAUCACGAAGACAGUGAGGAAGAAGAUUCGUGGUCGCAAUUUGUAGAAAAGGACCUGCCAGAGCUUACGGACAGAGCCGGUCGGUCAUUACAGGACACAGCAAACAAAGUUAGUAACUGGAUAAGUGAUGCUUACCGGAGAAACUUUGCGUCAGGUAAUGAGCAAAACGACAACCAACAUGGUCACCAAGAUCAGCAAGAAUGGGAGCCAGAGAUUGUGGAUUUGUCACAAGGCGGGAAAAAUUCAAGACCCCAGCAACCUGAGAGAAGAAGAUUCAAUUCGUUUGGCGUUCAAGUCGGUGAUGACUCUUUAGAAAGCCACGGAAUCACACUACACAACGAAGAUGGAUUUGAAGAUGAUGAAGAUGUGCCACCUCAGUUACCAACGAGAACAAAAUCUGGUGAGUCGACUGGAAAAGUAGUGGCAGAGACAACCUACAUUGAUACUCCAGAUACAGAAACGAAGAAGAAAUGGCAGCCGCUACCACCGGAACCCCUGGAUACUACACCAACUAAAGUAAACGCUGUUUCUAGAAAUAAGAAAAAUCCGGAUGAGGAUGAAUUCUUAAUCAAUAGUGACGACGAGAUGUAA